GACAAGGGGACGGGGACCCACCAGACACGGCCCAGAAGUUUGUCAAGAGAAUCAAGAAAAAGACCCUGCCCAGCGACCUCUAUGCACACCUCUGCUAUGCUUUUUUAGCUCUGGGUGAUACAAACUAUGCAGAUUUCUGCAACUGCGGGAAGACUAUUGACAGCCGUCUCCUGGAUCUUGGUGCUAAACAUUUCUAUGCAACAGGACAUGCAGACGACGGUGUAGGGCUUGAGUUGGUGUUGGACCCCUGGCUUGAAGGACUGUGGGAGGCGAUCAGAGGAGCGUUAUCCAAGAUGGCCGCCCCUCAGCCUGAGAGAGAUGGCCAUGUUAGGGACCAGAGAGUAUCGUGGAACGAAACACCUGAAUCGUCAGCAACAGACAUCAAACUCCACCUCCUGAGUCUCAACGAAUCAGAAUCCCAGAGCACCAAAUCCCUCAAAACAGCAGCGAUUGCUAAGACUGAUUCUUUGUCUGUUUCAGCAUCAGAGACUGGAAGCUCAGUUACUGAUCUCAUACCGGUGUCAGUGACCGACAACACUGGGACUGCUCUUAAACUUGAUAGUGUUGUCUCUGAAUGCAAGUCAGUGUUGACGACACAGAGUGGACAGUCUGGGGCUCCCCCUGCUGCUGUAGAGGCCUCUCUGACACGCUCCUUGCCCCCGCUGUCUGAGUUGGCCCUCAACGUUCCAGCUCUGCCUCCACCCUACCUGGAUGUCACGCUUCAGGAAGCCACCAUAGAAGAAGAGACCAAUGCUCCGGUAAGUAAGGAGACUCUUCACGAGGUUCCCAUCUCCAGGGCAGUCCAGCUGACCAGAGACGACUCAGUUAAAACAGCCCUACUGAUCGAGAUGGACAUCUCAUCCCACCCUAUGGCCUACCAGCCUGGGGACUCGCUUGAUGUGCUCUGCCCUAACAGAGCCUCCGAGGUGGGGGAGCUGCUCCAUAGACUGGGCCUAGAGGAUCAGAAGAGCAACCGCCUCCAGCUCUCACUGCGAAAAGAAACCAAGAAGAAAACUGCUCAGAUCCCCUCCUACAUCCCAGAGAACAGCACUCUGCACUACCUGCUCACCUGGUGUCUGGAGCUCAGGACUGUCCCUAAGAAGGCGUUCCUCCGUUCCCUGGUGGAGUGUACAGGAGACAGUGGUGAGAAGAGGAGACUACAGGAGCUGUGCAGUAAACAGGGAUCAGCCGACUACAACCUCUAUGUCAGAGAUCCCAACCUCGGCCUAUUGGACCUGCUCACGGCUUUCCCCGCCUGCCAGCCCCCUCUCAGCCUCCUCAUAGAACAUUUGCCCAAACUGCAACCAAGACCGUACUCCGCGGCAAGCUCCAGUUUAAGACAUCCAGGUCGGCUGCACUUUGUUUUCAACGUCAUAGAGUUCCCAGCAUGCACUGGGAGACCCGUGGGGAGGCGUGGCCUGUGUACUGGUUGGCUUUCUGACCUAGUUGAUCCCAUCCUGGUGCACCCUGGGAAGGCUCAGUCCUCCAGCACCCCAGCCCUCCCUAAGGUCCAUGUGUGUGUGCGUCAGAACUUCUCCUUCCGCCUGCCCUCUGACCUCUCCAAACCCUUCAUCAUGAUUGGACCAGGCACCGGGGUUGCGCCCUUCAUUGGAUUCCUUCAACAAAGGGAGAAGGAGAGGGAGGAAAACCCAGAGGCGGAGUUCAGUGAGACCUGGCUGUUCUUCGGUUGUCGCCAUAGAGACCGAGACUUCCUUUUUAGAGAGGAGCUGCAGGGGUUUGUGGCCAAUGGAACCCUCACCCAUCUGAAAGUGUCUUUCUCACGGGACACUCAGGAGGGAACAGGAACACAGGCCGAGACGGGACCCAGAUACGUCCAACACAACCUGCUCAGCCAUGCCAAAGACAUCAUCAACCUCCUCCUCAAGGAGAAUGGAUACCUCUAUGUCUGCGGUGAUGCUAAGAACAUGUCUAAAGACGUGAACGACACCCUGAUAGAGAUGGUAUCAGCAGAGCUUCAGCUGGAUAAACUGGACGCCAUGAAAAGACUGGCCGGACUCAGGGAGGAGAAACGCUAUCUACAGGACAUAUGGAGCUGAAAGUAUUCACACCCCUUGACUUUUUCUACAUUUUGUUGUUACAAGUUGGGAUUCAAAUGUAUGUAAUUGUCAGGCCAGCAUCCCGGAGUCGCCUCUUCACUUUUGACGUUGAGACUGGUGUUUUGAAGGUACUAUUUAAUGAAGCUGCCAGUUGAGGACUUGUGAGGCAUCUGU